AUGUCGACAGGGAUUACCCUCCCAACGCCGAACGCCGAAACUACUGCUGGGCUACAACCAGAAGAUGGCCUGCAUCAUUCACAGAUCCCGAGGGAAGAUCUGUCAAAGUACCCGGACAAGGAAGUAGACGUCUGCGGUUAUGACGUCACGCCGCCGGAAUGGAAAGCCCGCCUCCUGCGAGCCAUGUCGCAAAGACAAAGUCCGGUGUGA